ACAGAAUUAUAUGACUACGAGGCAUCUUCACUGGAGAAUUACGCAGGCAAAAUUAGAAUGGAGGGCUUAACAUUGAUAGUAGUGAUGAUGUCAUGCUUUAUGUUGGGAGGGAAAGGUCAGCAGAUAAGCACGCCAUGCACCUCCUCCAUGAUCUCUACCUUCACUCCAUGUCUCAACUUCAUCACGGGAAGCAGCGGCGGCUCCGUCACUCCCACCGCUGGCUGCUGCGACUCCUUAAAGUCGUUGACCAACACUGGCAUGGACUGUGCUUGCCUCAUCCUCACCGCUAACGUCCCGCUGCCUACUGGCUUCAUCAACCGGACUCUCUCGCUUGCUCUGCCUCGUGCCUGCAAGAUGGGCGGUGUACCUGUUCAGUGUCAAGCUGCGGGGACUCCACUGCCAGCGCCAGGUCCGGUUCCAUUUUUACUGGCUCCACCACCGCCUGUGUCUGCUUUUAGCCCCGCAGCGUCCAAGGCGGCGGCAACACUUGUACCUGCACCUGCACCUGCACCUGCACCUGCACCGGAUGCUCUCGCAGAUGGACCGACGGCCCCCACAGCCAAACCCGGAAUUCGACCCGUUGUUCAGCCAAUGCAACCCAUCAGCCUGGCUCAAUUUUCUACUGCUCCGUUUCUACCGUUGCUUUUUAUUCUUCUAAUUCUGUUGACUUUGUAAGCCAGUCGGCGUCUCCAUUAUUCAUAUAAUACUACCCUUAUGUAUGUGUGUUCUCUCAGGUUUAUCCAUUACGAGUUCAAAGUUAUACAUAUGAUUCAUUAUAUA